GCUAGAGGUCAUCAGAGGCUCACACCGCCGCGAGGACUUUUCCCAAACAUUCCCCCGCUACGUGACGUCAUCCACCACUGCUCCGCCUCGUGCCACAACGACUCUGCUUGUUUGCCUGACAGCUGCACGAGACGCGCGGCGUAUUGUCUCUGUAUUCGGACCAUAGAUUGGGACUGUCAGCUGGUGUCAGUCGGUACCUUCGGUUCCGUUGAAGACGACCUUCAACCCGGUGAAGAGAAGCGGAGGACCGGAGACUGUCGGUCCUGUCAAACAGCUGUGUGAGCCUCUCUGGAGGAGGCUCGCGCUCUUUGUAACUCUAAAGUGAAUGACUGUGUGUAGCUGGUUUCUUCACUGCAGCCACUGACUCCAAUGGCUCCGAGAACUGUUUGAGGAUCUGUUGAGCAGGAAUAGCACAGAAAUGAGCUGGGCUGAGGACGACUGGACAGUGGGGCUGUCUGGGCGAGUUCUGCAAAAAGUGAAGGAGCUGCAGGUCCAUCAGGAUCGACUGUCCAGAGAGAACAAGCAGAAACAGCGACAGCUGGACAACAUCAAUACAAGCCUAGAAAAACAGACUGCAAAGCAUGAGGAGGUGCGUGGAGAGCUCCAGUAUGUGCACAGAGAGCUCCAGAGUGUUCGAGAUGAGGCCAAGGCAGCGGUGACCGCAAGGGAGCGUCUGAACCAGGAGCUUCAGACAAAGCAGGCCCAAGUAUGCUCAUUUGAAGGCCAGCUGGAUGCUGCUCGCACCCUCAACAACAAACUCACCCAGGAAAUUAAAAGGCUGGAGGCAGAGCUGGAGAAGCUGCAGAAUAGUAGCAGGUCAGCAGACAACACUUUGUUCUCUACACCCUGCUGGAACACAACUUCUCCCUGGGAACAUAAUGGUAGCAGAAAGGAGGAGACGACCGGGCAAAGAGAUGAAGGACAGAGCCGUGCACCUCACAUCCGACAAAGACUCCAGUUCUCAGAAGUGCCCCCGGUCCCAUUAUCACGACCACAACACAAGAGCACCCCCCACCGCCACUCAGCCAACCAAUCGGAAACCUUCUCAACUCCCUCGGCUGCGUUUCCAUGGGAACGGGAUGACUCGAGGCCAGCAGCCAGGAGAAGAUCCCCAUCCUCUCCCCAUCCCCAGACUCCCUGUGUUGAUGUCAUCAGUCAGGGCCAGCUGGAGCAGAGGGCUUGUGGGAAGGAGACGGAUCACAGAGCAGAGACAGACACAUCUUUGUCAGAAAUGCGGAGUCGUGUGUCUGCUCUGGAGGAGGAGCUGUCUGUGAAGGCUGGCACUUUGAAGUCCAUUCAGAAUGAAAUGAUGCAGAGCAAGAAGGAGCUCACUGCCAAGGAGCACAACAUUCAGAGAGCUCGUGAUGAGCUCAGCCUGGCACACACACGCAUGGCACAGGAGAGUGAACGGGCAUCAGGUGCUGAGCAAAGACUGAAACAUCUACAAGAGGAGCUGAAGUGUCAGAGGCAAAAUACAGAGAGCAGCCGACUGCAGCAUCAACAACGCUCUAAGGAGCUGGAGAAACAACAUCAGAGUGAUUUGACGGAGCUUCAGAAGGAGCGACAGGCUCUGGAGAAGCAGCAUCAUCAGGAGGUGAAUAAGCUCAACCAGGAGCUUCAGCAGGCGAGGACAGUCCACAAUACCCUGCAGGCUCACGCUGAUAAGCUGUCUCUGCAGAAGCAGGCAUUGGACAAAGAGCUGGAUAAUGUGAAAGAGAAACUGAAGUGGACAGAAGGACAGCUGCAGGAGAGCCAGAAGAAAGAGGCUCAGACGCAAGCCAAGCUGACGGAAGCACUCCGCGAUGCAGAGGGUGUGGCGGUCAGUCUGGAACAGAGCAGGAAGAGAGAGAGAGCUCUGGAGGAGGAGGGGAGGAGACUCACGGAGGAGCGGGCCGACGCCCUUCAUCUUCUCAAAGAGCUGCAGGAGCAAAAAGCUGCCUCAGCACCUCUUCAGCAACCUGUUCAGUUUUGCCCUGUUGGACAGAGUUUCUCUGCUCAGCCUUAUCACAGUCCUCUCUCUCGGCCAUCCCCUUCAAUCAAGAAGCACAGCACUGCAAACCUGGCAGAGCAGAAGAGGGAUGAAGAAGAGGGCAUAAAUAAGAGAGGGGAAGAGGUUACAGCAUCUUACCCCCCUGACAGGGAGCCAGGAGAAGGCAUCGACUCAGAGCACAUCUCCCAAGACUCUGAGUGUUUACAAAGAGCGGGACAUGGAAAUAAUGGAAAUGAUCCGGGGAGCAAGAGUAGAAAUGAGGGUGACAUAUUUGAACAUGCACUCUCUAGUUCCUCUCAUUCUACUGCUGGUUUGCCCACUAACAACUCUAUAGCAGGUGAUGUGAUGCUUUCUGUUGAAAGGACAUCUUUUCUCAACUCUGAGAAGGCUACUGUCUCUGAAGACCUCAAAAAGGAGAAUGCAGCACUACGCUCAGAGCUAAAUGAUGCAUGUGAAGAACUACAGAAGCGCCUCGAGGACCUAGAAGGCCAGCGACGGGCCGAGACAGAAGCCAGGACUCGACUGAAACAGCUGAGUCGAAAACAUGCCAGCCAGGUCGUGGAGAAGGAGGAACAGGACAAGGGAUGGAAGGCACAGCUGGAGAGAGAGAGGGCUGAGACUGAGAGGCUGAGGAAGGCUGUGGCUGCUUUGGAGACGGAGAUGAAUCAAAAAAAUAAGGAGAAGGAAAAUAAGGAGAGAGAAGAGCAGGAGGAAGAGCAAAACAAAGUGCUCCAAGAGAGGGAAAGUGAAAUGAUAGAGCUGAACUUCCAGCUAAAGAAACAGUUGGCAGAGGUGAAAUCACAGCUGGCUUUAGAAAAGGAGGAGAGGAAGAGGGAGGAAGAGGAGAGAAACCAAAUGAACACUGACAAAGAUGUAAAUAACGAGCUGAGCAAGAAUCUAGAGGAGCUUAAAGCUGAGUUGGAAGAACUGAAGCGCAGUAGAAAUGAAGACUUGUUGGAAAAGGAGAAACUUUCAGUCACAAACAGCCCACUGACAUACCUGACUCUUCAUAACGAUGAGCUCAACUCCAACAUGAUUGGCUGCGACAACAAGCUCCUCCCUUCACCAGUGCAGCAUCUCCUGUUCUGCCAGUCCACCAACCAAUGCAACAUGCUUGUCUCUCAGGCCACAGCAGAUCUCAUCCAGGAGGAGGGAUCAGUGAUGGAUCCUGUAGGCACAUGUUUGUCAGAUGAGGGGCAAACAGAUGAAGACACUAGAAAAACCCUUCAGAAGGAUGAGUUCUCUCACUCCAAUUUGGCAAAGGAGGUGGAGCAGCUGCAGAGGGAGAAGGCGAAGGAGAUGGAGCGCUGUAACCAAUACCAGGUUAAACUGGAGGCCCUACAAAGCCAGGUGACACGUCAGACUAAACAGCUCACCAUGGCUUUUGAGGCGCAAAGCCAGCACAUCUCUGGCCUUUUAGCAGAGCUGCAAGAGAAGGAGAGCACCCUCCUCCGCCAGGGAGAGGAACUGCAGCGCCACAAGCAAGAGCUCGAUACACUCAAGGCAACAAAGAAGGAAGAAAAGCAGGAAAGACGAGAGGAGUUGACAGUCGAAGAGCAUGGGAAACAAAAAGAAGAGACUCAAGAUGAGGGCUCAGGAGAAACUCCUGGGCUUGAGGAACAUCAUCAUCCAGACUCAGGGAAUACUUUGAGUGACGCUGACUCUUCUUCUGUAAUCAGAGAGACUGAGUCCAGUCAAGACGGAAGAACAUUAGACGUGGCUGCAGAACUCAUCGCCCUGCGAGAGGAGAAUCAGCUGCUGAGAAAAAGGAUUGACGGCUUCCCCGAUUCAGCAGCUAACACUCCUGAAGUCCACACUGAUGGCAAAAACCAACAAGACACAGCCAGGAAAAUCCCAAACACAGGAGAUGCUGCUGUGUCCCGCUUGUUUGAGCAUAAGGAACCUCUGCUGGCUGACAUCAAUGCUUUAGAACAGGAAGACAGGGGAACCUCGAAGGUUGAGAGAGAACAGGAGGCAGAAUCUGAGCUUCAGAUCGUCCGUCUUCAGCAACAGGUGGUGGAGCUGCACACAAAGCUACGGUCUCUCUCUGAGGAGACCCAGCAGCAGGCGGAGGAGCUUACUAUGUGGAGACUGGCCUCACAACCAGCCCCGACCUUUGACCUUCUCAACACAGAAAACUCAGAGCCCCAGUCUGAUCAGCAGCAGACUGAAGGGAUGACCCAGGACCAGCUAAAGGUUCAAGUGCAAAACCUGGGUGUUCAGGAGAGUCCUGGUAACGUGACAGUGAUCAGGGGAGAUGAGUUAUUCCUCUCCUGCUCCUCUAACAGACUGCAGGGUCGCAUGUUGUUCUCCAGAUUGCAGCACAGCAAUCUUCCUGAACCAAAGAGUCUGCAUCCCUCUAAAAAGAUGGCGGCGCUUCAGGAGUACAAUCAAGUCACUACCAAAGUUGACAAGGAAAUUGAAAAAGAAAACCUGGACAUCAACGUCAUGCAUCGGUCAAAUAUUCAUCAAACACAACACAAAGAGAAAAAAGACUCUGAAGUAAUCCAGAUGUCAUCUGAGAAAACGGGUCAGCAACGAGUCACCAAAGAUGUCCACGUAAUCUCAGGACCAAAUCAGACCAGAACGGCAGAGUGUGAUAUCAAGAAUCACGAGGCCAAACCAGAAAACAAAAUAAACACCACCAAUGAUUCUUCUGACGGACCUGUAAGUACAGGCAUGAAGAGUGUCAGCAGUCAAACAGAGGAGAGUUUCUAUCUUAGUGCUCCAACACCACCUGACCUUCACUGUGCAUACACACAGACUGAAGAGGAGGAGGAAGAGGAAGAAUUAGUGGAUUCCCCUCCUGUCUCUCCCGUGCAGUUAUCUGAAGGGGCAGGGGUAGGAGACAAAAGGUUGUUUUCAGGUUCCUUCCCCAUCCCAGCUGACCCAGCCCAACUGGCUGAAAGAAUCCGCCGUAACAGGACGCAGCUGUCUGCUGCCUUCGACGACACCGAGUACGAACCCUAUGGACUGCCGGAAGUGGUCAUGAAAGGGUUUGCUGACAUACCCAGUGGUCCCUCGUGUCCCUACAUUGUAAGAAGAGGUUUGUUGGGGACAUCUGUCGUACCCGCCCCUCAGAAAGACUCGAGACAGGAGGAGACGGAUUAAAACACAGCUACAGAUUGACAGUGAACCUCUGUGAUUGAUGACGGCUGCUACACACGGACUCUCCCUUCACCAGCAAACUGAAGCACCUCCUACUCUUAAAACCAGCAUAUGAGCAGUUUUUAAAGAGCUGCAAUCCCACAUGGACUCCUGUGUGUGUGUGUUGUGCAGGUAACUGCGCCUGCACUGGGUAGAACAAACACCUCCUCUGUGGAUGUAAAAUGUCUUAAUGGUCAGUAGUUUAUCCUCUUAAUUACAGUGUGGAGACUCUGUCGCCCAUCAUAACACUGUCACUUUACACCCACCUGUAUAUUUAGGCACAGAGGUAGUGAUUUAGUGGUGUUUGUUGAUGUUUCUUGCAGAUAAGAACCUCUUUUUCCAGAGGGAUUGUUUAGUUUUUAGUAACUCUGAAUUAAAUGAUGUGUCUACUCCGUGUGGAAGAAAACAGUGCCUAGUUGAUGCAUUUCCAAACAAGAUGUGUGUGACUUGUUUUCCAAAAGGGAGAAGUCAAGCAAGGUCUGUUGUGAGAACGUGAUCUAUUUUCUUUUUUGGGAUUCUUGCGGUGGCUUAUUUAUAUACGACUGAAUGUGUUCCAACAGAGGGCAGGUGUUUACAGAAGUUGCGUGAAAGUGUAGUGGGUGAGAUGUAAGCUGUGAUUAUGAACAUGUGUGUCCUCAUCUUGAUGUUCGCAUUUGUGUAUGCGUGCAUGUGUGUGCGUGUGUGGGAGAGAGAGAGAAAGGGUGAGCACAUGUCUAUGACUCAGUCUAACCUGUGCUGGUUUCCGCUCCAUGUAUGGUGAAACACACUGGUCUCCCUCUCUCCUCCUGCUGCUGCUUUGCUUCUCUCCUACACUAACAAGCACUCAGUUGUUAGCUCUGCGAUGCAGUAACCAAAAACUUCACAUCUGAAGCUUUAUUUUAUUAACACAUAAAUUCAGUUUGUUUCUUCUGUUUGAUCAGAUCUAAUUUAUUUGAUAUGAUUUUGAUACUUGCACAUUUGCUACUGUGCCAUAGACGGCAGUAGCCAACAUGUAUGUAAAAUGUAGACCUUGUAGAUAAGUUGGAGCUGAUUUAGAGUUAGGAUUGGAUCUGUCUUGUAUCCCAGGUUUGACCACUCAAAUGAGAGAUCCUUUUCUGCAGCGUUUUAAUUUAAGAUAGGAGGAUAAAAUCCAUUAUCCUCAACCUGUAGAAAAACUCUUACAGGACUGUUGGAGGUUUGUAUUUAUGAAUUCUGGAUAAAGCUUUGUUUCACCAAAUACUUGUUUCAGAGGCUAGAUGACUGGCAGGACUACUUGGAGAAGGUGCCUAAAUCUAUUACAGUUGAAAGGUAAAUCUACAUUCGUCUCUUUACUGUCGGCAAUGUAUUACUCUUAUGUGAAGCAGCUGAUGCUACUAAGUAAACUUGAUAUUGCAGCACUGCUAAUGAGGUGUUUCUUUCAGUUUGAAAGGGAAUAACAAUUUAAUUGGCCUUUUUUUAUUUCAAUGUCCUCAUAAGCAUUUAUAUAUUGUUUUGAAACAGACUUGAACUAUUUGAACCUUUUCUUGAAACCCUUACUGAGACAUAUUUCAGAGUCUUCUGAGAUGACUUCAGCAGAAUACAUAUUUUUGUUAAAGUGUGGGAGUGAUCUUUUCUCUAGUUGACUCUUCUAGAUGUUUUCUCUGGGCCUUGAUUAGUCGUCUCAGUCAGUACAGCGUGGACUUUUCCUGCCUUGGCUAGAUGUCAUCAUUGCCAGUCAUUUGCCAUAUUGACAUCCUCACACACAUGUACACACACUACUCCGUGAGUUGCAGUUGCCUUGUUAUCUCUGGGAUCUGUAGUUCAUUGGCAGUGAGGAGUGGUUGCAAGAUUCUGAGCAGGCUGAGCUCAGUGUGCUUGUGUUGCUUUGUUUUGGACACUUUAAGUUAAAUGUAUCUGUGUUACUGAGUCUAGAAUAAAAGACUUGCUCUCAAA